AUGGCGGAGAAGUACACGAUGGAACAACAAGAUUUCGACUCGGUUUUACGACGCGUCUCGUCAGAGUUGAAGCGGCGAGAAUGGCACCAACUGGCCAUCAUUCUAGGGCUCAAAGAGUACCACGUGGAGGACAUUACAAAACUAUACCCAUGUGAUCUAUGUAGGCAGAAAUAUGAAAUGCUGUCGCUAUGGAAACACUUAUAUCCAGAUCAAGCCAAUAUGGAGGUCCUCAUUCAAGCUCUCGACAAGUUGGCAGAGGAUAUUAAAAAUGGUUGCUUGGAUACGGAUGAAGAGAAGCUGGCCAAAUUACAAAAACAGAGAAUGGGUUUAGUGACGAGCCAAAGGCCGCGCAGGACACUAAAAGAUCCCUCAGAUCCGUUAUCCAAUCUUGUACACGUAAGAGGAUCUGCAGUAUCAAUGCAAAUGAGAGACAUACCCAUACGGAAAGUAUCGUAUACACCUCGAUCGUGGAGAUGCCGGACGGCACGUCAACCUAUAAGAAAGAAAUUGAACCGAUGGCACAGAGCCACAACAGGGAAACCAGCUCGAACAGGAUUCCUUGGAGUGACCGUCGACAUAACCGACGCAAUACCUGCAAAACCUCUUCUGGAAAAGUUGAUAAAGCCAGAGACACCGGCGGAGAGCGAGUGUUUAAUAACAACUGCCAACGAUGCCUUUGAAAAUGACAAACCAGAGGAAGUGUCAAUGCAUAGUGAACACGUGACAGACAGUGUCGAUAUCCGAGAUAGAGAACAAAACGACCAAACUGAAAACGACACUGUACUUUACAAAAAUCAAGAAUGCCAGACCGACUUUCCUUAUGACGAAGACGAUGACAUGUGUUCUGAAAUCGCUAAAAUUCUUAACGCGGCGUCCCCUUCAUCGGGGUCAAAAUUGGACGACAGGCCCGUCAGUGGAUAUCACAGCGGGGAUAAAUCCAUUGCUGGUUCUAACUCGCAUGUCGGCUCGUAUGUCUCAGAUCGGACGGAUCCUUUCACCCGUUUGCUGGCCAAUAUUUCGGAGCCAUACUUUACCCAUUUGAUUCACGAUAUGGAUGACGUAAACAAAGCCGUAGACCAAUUAGAACGCAUCAAGGGCGUCUUCAUCGACGACGUCAGGCGAAAGUGUUUAUAUUUUCGCCUCGCUUGCAAAGAUUUCUCAUCGCUGAAAAUAUUCUGGUCGGAGUACAUUGACGGGCGUCUCAACGCGAUGUUUCAGAACGUACUUGUCAAUCCAACCACCUUGAGAAUAGCGGGCGCUGUUCAAAUCACGCUGAGAACCACCAUCACCGAUGCGGAUUACGACGAAUGUGUAAGGAACCUUACAACGUCUUUAGAAGAUGACGAAAUAGCCGGAAAACCGGGACCCGUCGCCGCUCUGAAAAUAAAACAGCUGAAAGACAUUCGAAAGAGGAGAAAGCCAAGAACAGCGCCGGGAAAAAAUUUGAUAUCGUCACUUCACGAUGAUAUAGCGCCCCCAAAGGUGCCAAAUCCAUCACCAGAAAUACUAGACUAUCCCCGCGUUCAUGCAUCGAAAGAGGAAACUAUAAGAACACUGAUGAGGAGAAAAAGACCAACUACGGUCAACGAUGCAAAAGAAGUAGGAAGACGGAUUUCAAUGAUGAUGCAGGAAGGUGGCCCAGAUAACGAAAGUCACGUGGUUACUAAGAUGGAAUUGGAGGCGGCAAGAACGCAAAUACGAAAGUCAUUGGACGACACGAGAAACGCGUAUUCGUAUUUCGAAUUAGAACUACAGAGAUUCAUCCAAGCGUUGAAAUCAGUCAAACCCGUGAAGGUGUCGAAAAUACACAGCCUUGGCGAGGUAGAGAUGUAUGCAAAGAAAGCCUUGGAAAAAUCGCGAACUGUGAGUAAGACGCCCCCAGCGUUGGCUAUCGUGAAUAAUAAAAGUGCGAGAGCGAAGAGAGCGUCGGUCAAUACAGAGAGGAAAAUUUCGUCAUUUGAUGAUAGUUUAUUAAAUGUACAGUUCAUUGAAGAGUUUUUAAACAUCAUCAACGAACUAAAAGUCAUUCGUAAGCAAUUCGAUAUGAGCAUUUGGAAGAAAAUGUCAAGAACCGGUAAAACGGAAGGGCCGAACCAAGUACGGAUCAAAGAAGAAAUGGAGAAAACACUACAGAAAUGGGACAGGCUUCUCUCGGAUGGACACGAUUUCUCAGACCUUACACAUGAGAGCAUUAAGCUGAAUUUGAAACCAUUUCAGGUUCGUUGCUAUGGCGGUGUUUCCUGCCUCGUGCAGCAUGUUAUCGACGUUGCCCAGAGUAUUGACGCGCCCAUGGGCACGUACCUUGAAUUUGCCUAG